AUGGCGGCGGCGGCGGCGUUUUCUGGAGCCCUACGCCGGGCGGGCUGGAGGCUCCUUCAGCUGCGGUGCCUGCCCGUGUCCCACUGCCGACCAGCCCUGGCACCACGUGCCUUCCACGCUUCAGUUAUGCAGCUGAGGUCUUCAGAUCAGCAGAAGCAUCAACCUCCGCCCUCUUCUUCUCAGCAACAGUCUGACGCACAGGGCGUAGAAGAACCCAAUCCAGAGGCUCUGCGUUCAUCCCCCAGGUACACCGACCAGGGCGGGGGGGAGGAAGAGGACUACGAGAGUGAGGAGCAGCUGCAGCACCGCAUCCUGACAGCAGCCCUGGAGUUCGUGCCCGCCCAUGGGUGGACGGCAGAGGCCAUCGCAGAAGGGGCCCAGUCCCUGGGUCUCUCCAGUGCAGCCGCCAGCAUGUUUGGGAAUGACGGCAGUGAGCUGAUCCUGCAUUUCGUGACCCAGUGCAAUGCUCGGCUCACCCGUGUCCUGGAGGAGGAGCAGAAGCUGGUACAGCUGGGCCAGGCAGAGAAGAAGAAGACAGACAAGUUCCUGAGGGAUGCCGUGGAAACCAGACUGAGAAUGUUGAUCCCAUACAUUGAGCAUUGGCCCCGGGCCCUCAGCAUCCUCAUGCUCCCUCACAACAUCCCGCCCAGCCUGAACCUGCUGACCAGCAUGGUGGAUGACAUGUGGCAUUACGCCGGGGACCAGUCCACUGAUUUUAACUGGUACACCCGCCGAGCGGUGUUAGCUGGCAUCUACAAUACCACUGAGCUGGUGAUGAUGCAGGACUCCUCCCCAGACUUCGAGGACACCUGGCGCUUUCUGGAAAACCGAAUCAGCGAUGCAAUGAACAUGGGCCACACUGCCAAGCAGGUCAAGUCCACCGGAGAGGCCCUGGUGCAAGGACUCAUGGGUGCAGCAGUGACACUCAAGAACCUGACAGGCCUAAACCAGCGCCGGUGA